AUGGCUUUGGUGGAGCCUUUGGUGGGUCAUCUUUUGUCAAGGUAUGCAGACACUGUCACUGAAGGGCUUGAAAAAAUUCGUGCUUGUGUAUUAGCAGACAGUUCUUUCGCAGUAGAGUUUAUGCUAAAUACACAGAGUUUUGUUGCUCUGCAAGAAUUGUUACAGAGACGUGAAUUGUGCGGCCCUGCAUUGCAGACAUUAACACAGGUUGUUGAAGCAUGUGAUAAUGUUGGGGUGCGUUCGAAUGUACUUCGUGCCAUGUGUCGUGGGAAGAAUUUUUGGGUUCUACGUAAGGCUUUGGAUACCCUAUCUGAUUCAACUUUGUUAACCACAAUGGCUGCUCUUCAGUUUCUUGCAGUAGUGGCGAAGUAUAUCCCCAAGGUUAUUCUUUCCCGUUUUGAGAAUACUGUUCCGUUGCAUUUAUCAUGCUUUCGUCUACAGUUACCUUAUUCGCAGCGUCGUGUUAGAUUGGCACGAACAGAAUUUCUGAUUAAUCUUGUGACAUCACCGCAGGCGAAUGCGGUGGAAAUUGUGGUCUGUGCACAUGGUUACCUUACGCAUCUUCUUGAAGAUGCAGCAGAACUGUUGCAAGAAGGUACAGAAGCAGGUGUAAAAGUUGCCCAAUCUGCUUUACGCGUGUUUGGUGAACAUUUUAUGGGAAGUCGUAUACCUUCUUCACAGAAGCGGUCUGUGCUUUUGUCACAGAAACAUAUUAUCCGUUUGCUUGUUAAAGCUAUUGAUCAUCCGCUGGUGUCAGAAUACGCUUCAAAUAUUUUAUACCGUAUGGUGGUGGAACUUGUAGAAUCACCUUCAGACUAUCAGGUGAUGCGUCUAGAUGCAGAGGAUAGAGGAAUGCCAAAUUAUUUACUUUUCUUUAUUUUAAGACAGUUGAGACCAAAGAGUUCUCCAGCAUCAGCACGACUGGUUACUUUUAUUUUACAUCAAGCUCCAGAUUUAAUUCGUCCAUAUUUUACACGUGUUUCUGGUCAUCUUAGUGAUGAUGGAAAUAGUUCACGUAUAUCUGCUUCAACUGCAGCAGUAGCUACAUUAAACUUAAUGACCCGUGCCAUGUUAGCACCAAUUCCAUAUCAUUUGGCAGCAGGUAAAGCAAUACUUCAACUAGUUGAAGUAAAGGCGGUAACUUUUUUCAAUAUGAGUGCCGAUCAUGUGGCUGAUGAAGUGUGUCCAGCGUGGGUGGCGGAGUAUGUGCAUCGUCUUAUUAUAGGAUCUAGUGAUCUUUUGAUGCUUUCUUUUGCUAUUCAGUUAACGCAUGCAAUCCUUACACGAGCCAAAACUAUUCAACAACUUGUGUUAAAAAUACAAAAUAAUCAUUUUGGGCAAGAUAAGAAUGAAAAUUUUCAAGAAGAUUGGGAAACGUUUAAUGCUAAGGUACAGGCAUCUCUUUUAAAAGCUGUUCCACGUCGUGAAGAGUUCUGGCACCGUAUGACACAACAGCUUCAUCCUCUUUUGACAUCAUCAUCUAAAAUAAAUGAAAAAAACAGUGAGAAACCAUCAGAUAAAAUUAUUUUUAUUUCACAACGUAUGUUCCUUUUAAUGGAAUUAUAUUCUGAUGUUUUUAAUCUUCGUAUGUCUUGGCUUAGUGCAGUUCCUUCGUUUCUUCCUACUUUUCGCGCUUGUGCACGUCCAAUUGAAGAUGCCCUUCGUCGAGGUGAAGGUGUUCUAACGUUGUGGCCAGCAUCCAGUGUUUCUGCUCUCUGUUCACUUCUGGUUUCUGCUCUUUCAAAUGGUGUUUCUAUGACGAAACUACAUCAUAUUACGAUGAGUAGUCCUAAAAAGAGUGUCUUGGAGUGGCCGUUGAUGCUUAGUUUAAUGCUUUGGGCUGUAAAACAUCGUGAUGUAAGAGAUGAGGAAUCUCAAAUGGCAUUAGCAUGGGUGGCACGAUUGGUCCAAUGGGUUGUUCAUAGUGUAACGGUACGAUUUGUAUGUGAAUUGGAAGAAACUUUUCUUUGGCUUUCUUAUCUUGAUGAAUCCACACUUCCCUGUUUUGUGCAUCUCAUCAAUUAUUUAUUACAGAGAAGUUUAUCUAAAUCUGCCGAUCGCAUCGCCCAGGAACUCAUGCAUGGAGAAACAGGUGUUAUUGUGUGUGCAGCUCGAGCCUUCGUAUCUAGAGGUGAGGAAAAACAUGGGGUGAAUGAAAAUAACAUGACCGCAACACGAGAAGGAGAAAUGGGAAAUAAAAAACAACAACAACAACAACAUCAGCAGCAGCAGCAGCAAAAACAAAGUCAUAAUAAACGUUUAAAUAAAGAUGAAUCUAAAGAAAUUGGAAAUGAAUUAUGGAAUGAUGAUUUGCGUGAAAAUAUAUCUUCUUUUAAAUCUGUAACGGAAAAGGUGGCACGUGAAUGGUCGCGUCGUAGUGAGUACAUACGGGAAAAACUUCCAGUUGUUUUUAAUACCAUCAACACUCAUUCUGGUAAACGUCAAAUUGCCCUAACAUUAUUGCAGGCAGAGAAAGAACACCGUGCUUUACGGCCUCUUCACGAUCAAGUACUUGAAUUCUGCAAAUCUCUACACCCUCCAACUCCAGCAGCGGAUCUUGAAGAAGAAUUGGAAUUACUUACAAUGGUUCGAAACAAUGCUAUAGGAGAUUUACUGCAGCGUUUUAGUAAAGAUUGUUCUCCCUCUUUGUGGUGUAGAUAUCCUACAUUAGGAUGGGAACUCGCAGGAUUUAUUUUGCGGGGUCUUAAGAGUGAAGAAGGUAAUCUCAAUACGAAUCAAGAUAAAGAAACCGUAGAGGAAGGGACAUGUGGUGGUAUUCUUGUUUUUAGUCAGUCGUUACUAAAACAUAUUGCUGAGGAUGCAAAUGCUGUUACUCAAGUCCUUCUUGAGAGUAAACAAAAUGAAGGGAAUACUCUUGGAUUUCUUUUAUGUAUUUUGAGUGCAAUGCGGGUUCUGCUUCAAGAACGAGACCGACUUUUCACCGUAAAGAAGAAAAAGAAUCAUCAAACAAUUUUAGAGGAUAAAAACCUCAAGGCCAUUUCAGAGAUUCUUCUUUGUACGUAUACAGGAUCUGUCUCUACGACAGAUCGAAUACGGUAUGCUACAUUAUUGACUAUGUCUUAUCUAAAACAAGAGAAACAUCAAGAAGAAAAACAACAACAACAACAACAACAACAACAACAACAAGAAGAAGAAGAAGAACUACAAGAAAAAUCUAAUAAGAAUGGAGAACCGUUAACUCUUGCAGAAGGUGUAGAUGAUAUUGAUAGUAGUGAAAAGGAAGAUGAAGGAAAAGAAAAGGAAGAAUCUGAUAAUGAAAAGGGAGAGUUACGUAAACAGAGCAUUAUGCGAGUCUUCAGUGGUGUAUUGGUUCCAUCUUCUAUUAUGGAUCACCGUUUUCUUAUCAUGAAUCAUCAAUGUACGCCUAAUGUUGUCCCGGAGGUGGAUAUGCUCUCAUUACUUGUGGAUACAUGGACAGAUGAAGAAGUGACAGCAACAGCAUUACAAUCUCCUGCACGAUUAAAUAAUACCAUCUUAAUAAGUGGAAAGGAUCAUGCUGGUUGGGAUAUAUUACGAAGUAUAUUUCCAGAAUUUUCUACACAUGAUGAUAUCUCUUUGGCUUCCUUUGAUGCCCUCACUAGAGAAAGUAUCAUGGAUCCACGUUAUUUAGUACCGUUACUGCAUACUGUACUAGCCAUGCCAGCAGAGCAGUUAUCUCGCCGUAAUAUUGGUACAAAGUGUAUACCAGUGCUACUUCGUUCACUUUCCUUUACGGAUCCACAUAUACGCCGGUUAGGAGCCGCAGCCCUUGCCGCUGUGUGGACACCAAGUGGACCAACUCGCAUUGUAGUGGGAUUUGCUCGAUUAAAACUCACACAAUUGGCUACAAAGAAGAUGCGUCCAUCAUCGCAACAACAGCAACAACAACGAGAAGAGAAAGAAAAGGAAUCUUUAUGGAAUUGUCCAAGACUUCCUGCGCCUCUCUCUGCUUUUCUGGUAAUGGCAUUACGACCUCUCGGAGAUGUCAACUAUCCGCUUCAUAAUGAUAUUAUGCGAUUCUUAUUAGAAACUCAGGAGGCUCUAUCAAAUCCUGUUCCACUUCAUCGUUUCCUCGUUUCAUUUCCUCUCGCAUGUAUUACAACUCCUUUAAUGAUUAGACGUCAUGAAACGACACAAAUUAAAGAAAAGAGUACAAUUGCUGCUUCUUCUGCAGAAGAAGUCAUUCGACAAUUACGCUCUGAAGCACCUUUACAUUUGAAUUUUAUUAUUCAAUUAAUUCAACAUGCCUGUCAUACAAAUGGUGAUAUGAUGGCUCUUAUUCAUUCAGAAUCUCUACAUUCAAUGAUGAUGAUCACAUCUAUGCUUGCUGCUUCAGAUGAAAUACGUUUAAAGUUUCUACAUUGUAUACAUCAUGUCUGUACCACUUCAGCUGCUGUGGCUCGACAGUCUAUGGAAGAGGGACACAUAUUAUCAUGGCUUCUUGGUUUUGCCAAUCAACUUACAAUGGAAUAUGGAUCAUCUGUACAUUUGUAUGGUGAGCCACUCUUUAUGGAGGUAAUUCGUCUUCUGCGUAAACUCUGUCCUCUUACUCUUAUUUCACCUCUUCAGGCUUUACAAGUUCAACAACAAUUGGAACAUAUGCGUAGUGUAUUUUCUGUAAACCGGGUGACAACGAAAGUAGUACUGGAGGCCGUAGAUGAUAUUCUGCAGGAAAUGCAAAAGAGAACUCAACACUCAUCAAGACCACCACCACCACAACAACAACGAAAAAGGCGAGCAGGACAAAGUUUAGGCCGCCCGGCAACAAAGACGAGACGACGAUGA